UUUGAUCUGAUUCUGACUGAGUUCUUUUCCUUGGGUUAUUAUUUAGAUUAGUGGAAGCAUGGAGUGCUAUUCUAUCCCAUGUUUGAUUGAUAACUUAAUUUGCAAAGUGAUACCCAUAGUGACUUUGAGAACAUGAUUUAUAAUAAGGAUUUCUGAAACACCUUCUAUAUCAAUUUGGUUCAUAGUUUGUUGGUGUUGGUGAUUCCACUACAAAAAAGAUUGGCUUAAAGAAUUUUUGAUGCAUGUGAGAGAAUAUCAGAUUGAAAAUUUUGGCCUGUGAGGUUUGCUUGCUUGAGGCUGGAUGAUGCUAUACAUGUUUCAGAAGUUGCUCAAAGACUUGGUUUCUGCCUAGUGCAUGACCUUUAAAUUGGGCAACUUUUAUGACAAUGGGAACCCCUUACCGCAGAAAAUCACAUGAUAGUGCCAGACUUAUUAUGACAACAAUAAUGGGAAUGGUGUUUGGAUAUUUUAUAGGCAUGUCCUUUCCAUUUGUCUCUUUAGCGAAGAUUAACUUACCUUCAAGCCUUAAAAUCUCAUCUCUUGAUGUAGCCAGUGACGAGCAUCAAAAUUUUGCUAGUCGUAGUUUCCCUGAAAACCUUGGUUCGGGUAGCACUCCCAUAACACCUAAGGUCUAUGUACCUACCAAUCCCCGUGGUGCAGAGUCCUUGCCACCAGGAAUUGUAGUCGCAGAAUCUGAUUUUUAUCCACGAAGAUUAUGGGGUGAUCCACAUGAGGAUCUGAUAAGGAAACCGAAGUACUUGGUCACCUUUACAGUUGGUUGGGACCAGAGGAACAAUAUCAAUGCAGCGGUUAAAAAGUUUUCAGAAGAUUUUCAAAUAAUGCUUUUCCAUUAUGAUGGUCGGACAACUGAAUGGGAUCAGUUUGAGUGGUCAAAGCGUGCAAUUCAUGUUAGUAUUAAAAAGCAGACAAAAUGGUGGUAUGCAAAGCGGUUUUUGCACCCUGAUGUCGUAGCUGCUUAUGAUUACAUAUUUAUUUGGGAUGAAGAUCUUGGAGUAGAACACUUCAAUGGGGAUAGGUAUAUUCAGCUAGUGAGGAAACAUGGUCUAGAGAUAUCUCAGCCUGGUCUGGAGCCAAACAAUGGAUUGACAUGGCAGAUGACAAAAAGAAGAGGAGACAGAGAAGUUCACAAAGAUACAGAUGAGAAACCAGGCUGGUGCAGUGAUCCGCAUCUUCCUCCCUGUGCAGCUUUUGUAGAAAUCAUGGCUCCUGUGUUUUCUCAAGGAGCAUGGCGAUGUGUUUGGCAUAUGAUUCAGAAUGAUCUGGUGCAUGGAUGGGGAUUGGAUUUUGCUCUCAGAAGAUGUGUAGAGCCCGCUCAUCAAAAGAUUGGUGUUGUUGAUUCACAGUGGAUAAUUCAUCAAGUCAUCCCUUCUCUCGGGGCUCAGGGUCAGGUUGUAAAUGGUAAAGUUGCGUGGCAAGGGGUAAAAGAGAGAUGUCGAGGUGAAUGGGCGAUGUUCCAAGAUCGUUUGGCUAACGCCGAUAAGAAAUACUUCGCACAGAAGCUUGGAUGGAGUUAAACUUCUAAAUGAGUCUCGGCCAGGAUUUGUACAUGCAAUGACGCUUUGGUAUUCGCACAUCGCCUGUUUCGGGGUGUGCCUAAUUAUUCUGAACUAUAUUAUUAUUAUUAUUUUUUUUUUUUUUUUUUUCCUUUGGGUCCUUUACCAAUAGUAGACAGUAGCAAACAUUGUGUCUAGUCAGGGACAGUCAAAAAGUUAGGGAUAUCGGAAUAUGUUGUGCAUAGCUACCUGAGAAUCUAUGUACUUAUAGUCAGUCAAGUGAUGAUUUUUGUUGCUGUGUUCUUAUGUAUGGUGUUUAUUCAUCAAGUCUUGAUGAAUCUGGUGAAGUUUAUUCAGCUGUCUGUAAGAAUUGAGCCACACCACAGAUUAAUGAAUGGAAUACAUGAUUUUUGCAUUCAAUUUAAA